CAAAUUUUUUCGCUUGGGGCUUGGGCCAAAGAUUUCGACGCAUUUUCAUCGUCCUUUGUGUUAUAAUUAAGAAAACCAUUCCUUUUAAAUGUGAAUGCUUGCUGAAGACUUAAACAAGAAUAAAUUUAAUAAUCAUGGAUCGAAUUAUAAUCGAAAAAGACAAGGUUAUUGCCCCCGAUGUCGCGCUAAACGCUGUGCUGCAACCAAGCCAAGAACUGCCUACUGAAACUCCUAUAGUAUCCGGGUACGAUUGGGAACUCGGUACAGAUUAUAAUAAACUACUCGAGAGUUAUGUAAACUCUGGAUUCCAAGCCACAAGCUUCGGAAAAGCUGUUGCAGAAAUCAAUAAAAUGCUCAAAUGUCGUUCAGUUGCUUUGACGGAAGAAACUAGCGAUCCGUACGAAGAGGAUGUUUUUAUCAAGAAAAAAACUAACUGCACCAUAUUCUUGGGCUACACAUCUAACAUGAUAUCCUCCGGCUUGAGAGACACGAUCAGAUUUCUUGUAAAAAAUAAACUUGUUGACUGCAUUGUGACAACCGCUGGCGGAGUAGAGGAAGAUUUCAUCAAAUGCCUCGCUCCAACUUAUGUGGGUGACUUUAACUUGAGCGGGAAAUCUUUAAGAAUCCGCGGCAUUAACCGAAUCGGGAAUCUCCUAGUACCUAAUGAUAACUACUGCCGUUUUGAGGAGUGGGUCACUCCGCUGUUAGAUGAAAUGCUCGAUGAACAGAUUAGAGAUGGGACAGUGUGGUCACCAUCUAGAAUCAUCGCAAGACUCGGUGAGAGGAUUAAUGAUGAAAGCUCAGUCUGUUACUGGGCAUGGCGGAAUAAUAUUCCUAUAUACAGCCCGGCUCUAACCGAUGGUUCUUUGGGGGAUAUGAUGUAUUUUCACUCUUACAAGCGGCCUGGUCUUAUAAUUGAUAUUUUAGGUGACUUGAGAAGACUAAACACUAUGGCAGUUAAAGCUAAUAACACUGGCAUGGUUAUUCUCGGCGGUGGAGUUGUUAAACAUCACAUCUGUAAUGCGAAUUUAAUGAGAAAUGGGGCUGACUUCGCUGUAUAUGUUAAUACAGCCAGCGAAUUCGAUGGAAGUGAUGCUGGGGCCAGGCCGGAUGAAGCGGUUUCUUGGGGAAAAAUCAAGCCUAAUGCCACACCAGUGAAGUUGUAUGCUGAUGCCACUUUGGUAUUUCCAUUGAUUGUCGCUCAGACAUUUGCUAAGCAUCAUUUCAAAAAUAAAAAGAAUGUGUAAAUAU